AUGCGAGACUUUGUGGAUAAAUGGUUGUUCUACCAGCAUCCCGGCGACCCCAGGCCUAGAAGGUAUCAUGUGGAAGGUAAUUGUACGGAUGACUUAUGGGAUCUGGUCAACAAACGAAUUCGAGUGUGGAAGGAUGAGAUGAUGAUGAAUGUUGCAACUAAGCAGAAAGCUCCGGAGGGUGCAGCAAACUACAGUGUGUGGCAAGAACCGGACGAAGGAGACGAGGAAACUGACACACCGAGAAGGGUUCUUCGCAUUACUGCUGCGUAG